AUGGGGGUUGUCAUGUCUUCAAUUAUAGAAUUACACACCCAUGACAUUCCAGCAGACACGCUAGAGUGGCAAGAUGAAACCCCGGAUCUGAAGAAUGAGCCGAGUUUUGCAGGGAUUCUUUUAUCGGUGGAGAAGUUGGCCAUUCUCCACCCACACAAUCAUCUGUCGAAAAGGAAUCUGUCGACCGGGCGGAAAGAAAAGCCUGUUGCUCCUGUGCGAGCCAAAAAAUUAAGAGAAGCUCGUAACUCUGUAAAGCCGUCCAACCUAGGAGAUCCACAGCCAAUUACGGCCGAGAGGAUAGCAGAGCUUAUAUACGCCCCCAUGAAGACGGCCCAAUUGAAGCUGGUCGACUCAGUGGCCUCGUCAAUGCUGACAAUGGAAAGUAGGUUGGAGCGGAGUCUGAAGGAUAAGAUGUCUGCCAUGCUCACCGCAGCAGGCCAGGGCACAGUAGCAGACCAAGUUAUCAGGGAUAUCGACACAGAGACGGAGACAGACCGCAUGAACGACGAAUUAAGUGGGCGUAACCCGCAGACCUACGAUCAGAAGGGCAGUGAUGAGCCAAAGACUCAGGACAUCGGCGACGGGGAUCUCAUUACCGAACCAGUUACUGAACAGCCUGACGACCCUGCCCUCUGCGCUGAAAAAAUCCCUGGCCCCCGAUACCGAAGGCGAAUCACAAUCAGUGAGACCCUCCUCGGGCGUAGAGAACCCAAAAUUCGCUGCACUAUCCAACAACUCAUCGCCCGACAGGGUUCUAAACGUGGGUGGAGGAUUGCUCAUCAGGGAGCAAGAUGUAAUCGAUUUACCGCGGUCGAUACCACCGUCCCGUCCAAAGGUAGGAACUAA